AUGAGAAGCUAUGCUUAUUGGCUUUUGCUUUCUGUUUUGGAAGAGCUCAAGGGAAACAAAAAAGACAUCCAGCAGUUUGGAGCCAAGCUGGGAAUUAAAAUAGCAGAGGAGCUUUCGUACAAUGAGCUCCCGCAGGACAGCCUUGUAGCCUUUAUCCGGCACAUUCUCCCAACGAUCAGCAAAUACAUGGACAGCCAGAUAGACUGCACAGAGGAGAAGAAGGAGAUAUCCAUCCAUGUUGGAAAAGAAGAUUCAGAUGGCAUGCAGGAGGAAAAGCUGGAAAUGCUCUCUGGGGUUCUUUCCGCUGUCGUAGAGAGGGUGCUAAAUAUAAAGAUAAAAGUAAAGACGUAUGCGCCUAGUUCUCUACUUAUUAUACAGAACACACUAUAA